AUGGGCAUUUCUUGCUUGUAUAGUCUACUGUUAUUCCUAGUUUUGAUUUCCUCAACGGGUCGAAUUCUGUCAUGUCUUGCUGAUCCCACAGAUGGGUUCACUGAGAUACCAUUAACUGAUCGAAAUUUUGAUCUGCAGAAGCCAUACAAUGUACCGCUCAAUGAUCGAUACAGCUAUCAAAAUGGAGUGAGGAGACUAUGGGUUUACACCAAUGACAAGCCCUUUAAACCUGAUACUACUACCAGACCACGCACUGAAGUCCGAAUUAAGGGUCUUGACUACUCUUCUGGAGUUUGGCAAUUUGAAGGCCAUGCAUACGUUCCUAAAGCAACUUCUGGAGUGACAGUAAUGCAAAUUCAUGGUGCAAGAGUUGGUGCUACAAGUCUCCAACUGAGGAUCUACGAAGGUGACAUGAAAUAUUACAAGUUUGAAGUGGUUAACACAAAUCUAUACGAUAAAUGGUUUCGAUUAAACGUAAUCCACAACGUAGAUGAAGGAAAAAUCACUGUUUUCAUCGAUGGUGUUCAAAAAUUUGUGAAGAAUGAUCAGGGGCCAGGUGACUUGUACUUCAAGUGUGGAGUUUAUGCUGCACCAGCUAAUUCAAGCAGCUACAUGGAAUCAAGGUGGAGAGAUAUCAAGAUAUAUAAGAAAUGA